AUAAAUCAUCUCUCCUAGAAUCCUUUAUCAUCUUCUGCCGUUAAGGUUAGCGUUCAUGGAUCCAAAAGUGAAGCUGGGCUCAAUAGCAUUCCCUGUUGAUGUCGAUUCGAGCAGAGGAGAGGCUAUGGAGAUCGGCAGUAGGUUCGGGAAGCCCUCGACCUUUCACACGGAUUCAUAUAAGCCGACUGGGGCGGAAAAGCAUCCGAAGAGUAAGAGAUAUCACAGAAACUUAAGAAGAAAUUGCUAUUUUCUGGUACUGGUUGUGUGGUUUAAUUUCACUCAGUGCACACUUCCUUGACGAUGGUUGGGAGUUGCUGAAAAUAUUGGGCAGCUGUAUUUCAAAUUUCCAUUCGUUGAUUUUUAGGCCUAAUGGCAUGAGUAUGUUGGAGCAUUUUCUUUUCUCUAUCCUAAGUCCUAACCACACAAGUUUGAUGAAUUUCAGAAUCUUUAGUUGUGAUGUGUCAUGAAACUAACGCAUUUUUUAGAGUUUCGCCAUUUUUAUUUCAGUUGCUUUUCUUUUUUUCCAGAAACUUGUUUUAUAUUUUACCUAGUAGUGAACUUGCGUAAGGCACUAUAUUCCUAAGGAGCACAAGUCAUAUUUAUCUCCGUGCACAGUCAUGCAGUUUGGGUAACAGAUCUGUUUUUGUUUUCUCAUUCUUAUGUGAUGAUUAGCUUUUUUGCAUAUGUGAUUUAGGUUUCUGCUAGCACUUUGAACCUGUGAUAUCAGUAUUUGUCUCAUAGUAGCUGGUCGUUUCUCACUUAAAGGAUUAGGUGUUGUCGUUAUUUCUACGAGCGAAAUCUGUUGCAUCAUACAUAGCUCACCUAUUUGGAAAAAUUUAAAUGAAAUUUUACCGAUCAUUUAUAGCUCGGGUUACUUUAGAGUCACAACUCAUGAGUGAUUGAGUGGUAUAGUUUUGUUAUAUUAUCUCUUCAAUUCAUGAUAUGAGGAUGUACGAUGUAUGAGUUACUUGUGCAGGUUUCAAUGGGGUGUUUAUGAUGAGUAAAACAUGGAGAGAUGGGCAGCACCCAUCGUUUCUUAAUUUUGUUUCCAGCUUCUUACAGGAAAACUCUUUUCGUCUGAAUAUCGUCCCAAUAGCUCCGGAUGUAAUCAUUAACUGUGGGGGUGUGUCUGUUGCAUUCAUUUUUGUGACUAAUUGGGACAGUGCAAAAACAGCAUCAUUAUUUUGCAGAGUCAAGAAGCUAAAGGGGCAAUUUGCAAACCUCUAUGUGGUUGUGACCCUUCCAACUAGAGAACAAAACGAUUCUUUCAACUGCUCUUACUUCAAGUACAAUAUGGAACUUGGAAAGCCAACUUUUGUUCCAGUGAGUAAUUUAGAGAUGGGGUUGGAAAAAAUUGUGAAGAUUGCACAUGCUCGUGGGGUGUGUAAAAAGCGGAAUGCUGUGGAAAAAAUGAAAGCUGAGAAGGAAAAGUCAGUUCAAGCAAUGGAUGCCUAUCUCAAAGUGGUCACAUCGAUUCCUGGCAUUGACAAGCAUGAUGCAAAUGCACUUUACCAAGCCAUCGGUUCCAUUGAAGCAAUAGCCAAAGCAUCAAAGCAAUGCAUUCUGGACAACACCGACCUUUCGGUUGAAAAGGCUGAAAGAAUAUCAAUGUUUUUCAGAGAUCUCAAGUAUUCCCUUCGUCCCAAAAUCAAAUGAGUUCUAAUGUAAAAAGUGAUGUGAAUGAAUCCAGGAUUUAGGUGUAUAAGGUGAGAAGGUUCGUUUUCAGAGUUGGAUCAAACAUUUACACUGUGUUUGGUUCAAAGAUUUUGAAAAGAAAAAAAAAGAAAAUGAGAUGGAAAAGAAAUUUUCUUGUUUGGUUAGAGAGGAAAAGAAAAGAAAAGUGGAAGAAAAAGAAAAUGAGAAUGCAAAAUGUACUUAGAGGAGGAUAAACAAAAUUCCUCCCAUUUUGGUGAGGAAAUUGAGAGAAAAUCAUUUUCUUUUCUUUUCCAUCUGAAUUCCUUGAACCAAACAUAGUGUUAAUAUUGUCCACACUUGAAAUAGAGUGAAUUGUAUGGAUUGGAAUAGAGAAGUAAUUAAACUGCUUUAUUAAAUGGUAUUCAAGGUU